UUAAUAUAGAACAACACAUUGCUCCGUUAGGAUCAACAUUUACCAUGCCCCACGCCGACUCAUCCUAUUUCGCACCGGGAUUAUCCAAGGAUGAAGUGUACACGCAGAUGAUCGAGCAGACGAGGGGGUUGAUUUAUGGGCAGAGGAAUUGGGAUAGUAACCUCUCAAACACCGCCUCCCUCCUCUGGCACACCUACGCCGUCCUCCCAGCGAACAUAAACUGGGCUGGUUUCUACAUCCGCGAUGAUAAAUUCCCGCCCUCCUCUUCCCAAAACACAUCCUCAGACAGGGUGUUGCUGCUGGGACCAUUUCAGGGAAAGCCAGCCUGCCAACUCAUCCACUUCGGGCGCGGCGUGUGCGGGACCGCAGCUGCGAAGAAAGAAACAGUUGUUGUUGACGAUGUGAUGGCGUUCCCGGGCCAUAUUGCGUGUGAUGCGGAGAGUCGGAGUGAGGUUGUUGUGCCUGUUUUGGUUGGUGGGGAGACUGUUGCGAUUAUUGAUAUUGAUUGUACGGAGGUGAAGGGGUUUGAUGAGGUUGAUAGGAAGUAUUUGGAGGAGUUGGCGGGGGUUCUUGCGGAGGGGUGUGAUUGGUGAUUUUUCACCAAU